AUGGAGUGGAAUGGGUACUCCCCCCCUGUGAUCAAUAUUCACCCACCUUUGCUUAAUUCAGCAAACCCCUGGGCAACUACGCUCGAGAAUCUCGAAGGUCUCUUCGCAUGUCCUUCCAUCGGAGCAGUCACUGUGCGAACUUCUCUACUAAAGGGAUUCGAUCAUGACCCGGCCAUCCACCAAUACACCUUCUUCGACCCUGGGAGUCAUGUUGCUAGCGCGGACCUUAGCUCACCUUCGAGCACCGACAUAGCUAGUCUGAAUAACCUAGGAUAUAGCCCUAUCCCGCUAGGGACUACACUAUGCCAUAUCAAGACGAUAUCGGAUGGCCUCUCAAAGUCGUCGACGAAGCCGUUCAUCAUCUCGGUGACCGGGACUCCGUCUGAGGUUGCACAAAGCUACCUAUUAAUUGCUCAACAUAGCAAAGACGUCAGGAUGCCCCUUGCCAUGGAGAUCAAUCUGAGCUGUCCGAAUAUCCCCAAUGCGCCACCACCGGCAUACUCUGGCGAAUCCUUAAACAGAUAUCUCGCGAAAAUACAGCAAACCAUUCAUGAGAGUAGAUUGCCUCGGAUUCCGUAUGGGCUCAAGACGCCGCCCUAUACUCAUGAAGGGCAGUUUGAGACGCUCGUCGCUGCACUUCAGGCAACAGGCUAUCCAUGUGAUGUGAGUUUUCUCACUGCGACGAACACGCUGGGUUCGUGCCUGGUGCUGUCUGAUACCGAAGGGCAGCCCCAAUUAGCGGGGUCUGGUAUUGGAGGAAUGGCGGGGGCGCCCCUUCAUCCUUUGGCGCUGGGAAACGUUGCCACGCUACGGAGGCUGCUAGAUCGAACAGAGGAGACUAGCCGGGUGGACAUCAUUGGGGUUGGCGGCGUUGAAGAUGCUGCUGGAUAUCGUCGGAUGAGAGCCGUUGGGGCCAAGGCCGUGGGUGUUGGCACAGCCUUGGGCAGGAAAGGUCUUGGUGUAUUUGAAGAGAUCGAAACUGAAUUGGCUGGGGCUUGGUAG